CCUCCGUGACUCCAAUCUCAAAAUGCUCGGCGCAGCACCGGGAUCUUAUUCCCCGCGCGACAUCUGUUUUUGCCUCUUUCCACGCUCCAUCUGUCCGCUCCCACCCAUGCCACUCGUUUUAGCACGGCUUCGUCAUCACCCCGCGACAUUAUUUACCUCCAGCCCGUUUGCGCUCGGCUUUAUCCGCGGCUCUUUCGGCGAUUUUACGCAUUCGCAGCGAUGGAAGUGAACCGGGACGAGGCGGAGCGCUGCGUCGAGAUCGCGGCCGAAGCUCUGACCAGGGACCAGCCCGAGAAAGCGCUUCGAUUCCUGGAGAAGGCGCAGAGAUUGUUCCCGACGGAGAAAGCCAGAGUCUUGCAGGACCUGAUCUCAAAGAAUGGAUUUAGACCCCGAAAUAACAACCACACGCAUUUCAAUUCAACGUCCGAACCGAGACAGAGAUACCAAAGUCCUCGAGAAGAUCCAAAACCAGAGGAAAAGCCGUCGGAGAACCAGAAAUCCUACACAACAGAACAAGUGGAGGCGGUACGGAGGGUAAAACAGUGUAAAGACUUCUACGAGAUCCUGGGGGUGCAGAAGGACGCCUCAGACGAUGAACUCAAAAGAUCGUACAGGAAACUGGCUCUGAAGUUCCACCCGGACAAAAACCACGCGCCGGGAGCAACAGAGGCUUUUAAAGCCAUCGGAAACGCGUACGCCGUCCUGAGUAACUCGACCAAGCGCAGACAGUACGAUGAAUACGGCGAGGAGCGGCCACACCCCCACAGACCCGGGACUAAUCACAACACGUUUGAACCGGACAUCUCACCUGAGGAUCUGUUUAACAUGUUCUUUGGAGGAGGAUAUCCAACAAGUAAUGGUCAUGCAUACACUCACACCAGAACCAGGUACCAGAGACCUCCUCCCAGAAGAGAACGCCAGAGAGAUGGCGGUCUGGCUCUGUUCGUGCAGGUGAUGCCGAUCCUGAUCCUGGUCAUAGUCUCAGCUCUGAGUCAACUUAUGGGCCACAGUCCAGCCUACAGCCUCAGCUACAGACCGUCGGCGGGUUACUCCCAGAAGCGUCUGACGGAGAAGCUGAGGGUCCCGUACUUCGUGGGGGAACAUUUUUCUAAAGAAUGGAGCGGAAUGAACCUGAAGAACCUGGAGCGGAGCGUGGAGGAGGACUACAUCUCCAACCUGAGAAACAACUGCUGGAAAGAGAAACAACAGAAGGAGGGCAUGUUGUACAGAGCGCGAUACUUUGGAGACUCAGACCUGUAUGAAAGAGCUCAGAGGGCCCGGACCCCGAGCUGUGCCAAACUCUCUGAGAUAUCAGCCUCGAUUCACUGACAAAGAACUUCAACCUCUACAGUGAAUUUACGGUUUCUUGGACAUGUUGAACUACUGGCUGUAAAUACAAACCAAUGCACUGGACUCCUCGAGAAACCUCCUCUGGAAUUUAUCAAUACGUUUAAUCAAUACUUAGGCUAAUAUGAACUUUUAUGUAUUAACAAAAUCCCAGUUUAGUUGGUCUUCCUGUCGCAAACAACUUUAAAUUAGAAAAAUAUUAGAGUCUGUGCCAAAAAAAACAAAAGAAGAAUAUUGUAAUUAUAACUUUGCAAGAUAGCAUUAACAAAUUUGGAAAAUAAUAUCGUAGCGCUGGAUUAAGGACCUCAAUGAAUGCUUCCUUUAAUUUAUAUGCAAAUUUUACAUUUUAUUUUGCAAUGUCAAUGCACAUUUUAUAUUUUAAACUAUGCAGAAAUAAUGUGAAAUCUCUGAAAAAAGCCAUUUAAAGGGCCUGUACCCGAUUUUUUUCCCAACAUAUGGUCAAAAUGAGUCUGCAGUGUGCUGUCUUCAUCAAAUCAGGAAGUGCACAGUUGGCAUGCUAGUUGCUGUGAGGGUAAAAACUCCGCCCUGGCCUCUGAAAGUUGGCAUGGUGAAUAUUUAGGACACUCUGAAUGCAUAAGGUAAGUGAGGAAUAAAAAUGCCGAUGACAGAUAGUAAAAAACUUUAUAUUUAAGAGUUUUAAGUUGAAAUUUAACUAUUUUUCUCCCAGUCUGGCCAAUUUGGAGGUUUACAAUUAAACAUCCUGCUCGGAAAUCACACUCUGGGAAUUCCAUAACCCAAUUUACAAGUAAAAAAACCAU